AUGACGUACAUAAUAUUCCUACUUCCGGGGCUUGCUUUAGCGAACAUCAACGUGCAAGUCUCCGGGAAGUUUAACCCUGAAGAUUCGUCAUUGAUGACGGUCCUCACAUCUGGAAAACAAGUGGGAAUUAUCACUGACACAGAGCGGAACACCUUCGAAUUAAACGACAACAACCUUAAGAACAGCGUCAAUUCUUACUUUGGUAAACGUCCCGAUGACGCUUACCUUCGCAGUCCUACACCCUGGGGCGAUUUAUACAAGAGUUACGGCUGGGACCAGGUCAGGAGGACCUUGGUGCCGAGGAACGGCAAAAUAUUGAGAAUCACAUCCAAACCAGUUGUUGUUAUGGAACAAGUCUUCGAGAAUAACAGCACCAGACCCGCUCUCUUCAAUGUGGGUAUAUCGCAAACUGUUGAAAACACCGUAACAUCAUCUUGGAGCAAAGGUGGGGCACUGUCUAUAGGACAAGAGAUCAGUUAUGGCUUCGAUAUUGAAGUUGCUAGUGGAGGGGGCACCACUUCUCUUUCAUACACUUCAUCAUGGGGAGAGAACACGGAUAAAUCAGAGAGUAUUACUGUAGGAGCUUCAUCAGCUAUGGAGAUCACAUUGCAGCCUGGACAAGCGGUGAUAGCUCAAUUGCAUGCGACUAGGGGCUCUAUUGAGGUUGAAGUGGAGUAUGAAGCUGCGUUAUCUGGUGAUACCGCAAUCAACUACUCCAAAACUUAUAAAGGACAUCACUUCUGGGCACUAGGUAUAAGAGAUGUGAUGUCCAGCGGAGGACUAAGCAACAAAAAGGAAUCCAAAGAAGUUAUCAGCAUUGGAUUCUAUGCAAACUCAAAAGUUGUCGUACAUGAUAAGUCUGCUGGAAAGAGACUGAUGGAAUUACGAUAA